AUGAGCAAUCGCAGGGAGAGUCUGCGAAACACACCUCAAGGAUCGGCAGCAUCGCCAAGAGGGUCGUCCAAUUUAUCAACAGGUUCAUCAUCAUCAUCAUCACGAUAUAACGAACCCGAAACAGAGGAAGAUAUUUUAAAUUCCGUUUCUAAAAUUUAUUUUCAAGAUGUACAGGGUAGUAAUGAAAUGACAACACCUACCAAAGGUGGCUCAUCAGCAGCAAUGAAUAAUGGCAUUGAUCUUGUGGAAUUUGUACUUACCCAGCCUACUCUGGAUUUGAGUGAUGAAGCCUCCAUACUUACGGAGUUAAACAAGCAGGAAAAGGUUUUGGGUGUCGUCAAUCAUAGACUCGGUAAAACUGUGAUGAACAAUUACAACUCGUUUGUGGAAGGAAUGACCAACGUGCAAGAAGUUGGAGCCGAUCUCAAUAUGACAUCGUUGAUGUGCAAGAAUGGUCGGAAACGAUUAAAGAAGGCUCACGAGAAUCUCGUUCAUGGAGGUUUGAUGAUUGUUGCAUUAUAUCGAAAGAAAAAAAGUUUAAAGACUUUAGAAUACUACUUGGGUAGAAUCAAAGAAAUAGUUGACAAGGACAAGGAAAUGAAUCAAUUGUUGGAAGAAGGAAAUUUCCCAAAUGCUAUUGCACUCAUGUUGGAUCAUCGACAAUCUGUUGUCAGUAUGAACCAAUUUUCUUGUGUACAACAAUUAGAUAGAAAUAUUAAGAACGUAUAUCAAAGAAUGGAGCAAAAGAUGAAGGAAUCUUUAUUAUCUGUUUGUGCUCAAUUUGAUCCAAUCGCCUAUGAAAGAAUUCUAAUAGCUUCUAAAGAAUUAUCAUCAGGAGAGAUCAGUGUCGAUAUUAAGAAGAACUACAAUGACGCUGUGGAGCAACUGUUGCGAGAAGUCGUCUUGUCAUUUGCUAUGCAAAGCCCCAAGGCCCAAAAUAUUGAAAGCAUUGUCAAAAUGGAUUACGCAAAUCUAUGUAAAAAAAUUCACUUCGAUCAUGUACUCGCUUCGUUAUUGAGAGCAUUGAGUACAGUCAGCGAUAUUAUGUACAAUUAUUAUCAAAUGUAUUGCUGGCAUUUACAAAAGGAAAAGGACAAGGAUGAAACACUGAAAUCAUAUGAUUUCUCUAUUACCAAAACAAACUUAAAUCAAUUCAGAAAGACGCUUUGGGAUAAUAUUCAAAAAAAGAUUUCUAUAUUUUUGAGCGCUUGCGACUUGUCACACUUUAAAAUUGACAAAUUCCUUCAAGUUUUCCACUCUAUUAAUAUGAUUUGCCAUCUUGGAGAGGAAUUUAGUGAGAGUGACUCAUACCAUUUGAAGGGAGCUCUUAAAACAAAAAGUAGAUCAUAUUUUGUGCACUAUCAUAAGGACAUUUUAGAGAAUAUCAAGACCAUGGUUGAAAAUGAAAAUUGGCAACAACUAGAAUCUGUUAGCUUUAGUGUAAAUGACAUCCCCGAAUUCAGGACCAAGUCAAACAGUGCACUUGACAGCAUUGAAAAUAUUUAUGAAGAAUAUUCAAAGAAAGUUCGAGGUUUCUUAAAGUCUAAUGACAGAGAUAGCAAUCCUUUCAAGCUAGCUUUCGAAAAAGGUUCCUUCCUAUUAACAGUCAAUGCUGAAGAGGAAGAAGAACCUGUUGACGACGAGUCCUCCGAAUCAUCCGAGUCAUCCGAAGACGAAGAUGAUGAUUUUAUUAAAAAGAAAGAGACCAAACCAAAGAAGAAAAAGAAGGAUGUGGAGGUCUAUACUAACAUUUCUAUGACUAUGUUGCGAAGAAUCGGUGUUUACAUUCAAGCCAUGGAGAUCAUUCAACCUAUUGGUCUUGACAUAUUCUUUGCUUUUACCACUCUCUACAAAUUUUAUUUAUACACAGUAUAUACACUGUUUGCUAACAUUUCUUCAAAUACAGUGAGUUCCACAACGAUCAACUUGGAAGAAGCCUUUACAUAUCCAGAAAAUGACACCAAAGUAUCUGAAGCGUUACAAAAAACUUUCAAGACAAUUAGAGAAGAGCUGAACAGGUGUGUGAAAGAAGCUACUAACGGUGAGGUCACUUUCUUCAAAAUACCGCAGGUCUCUCAGAUGAUUAACAUCAAGCAACCACCAUUUUUUGGACUUUACGAAAGAGCAAUUGCUGCCGAAAGUUUAACGCAUCUUUUUAACGCUAUUGAAAAGAUUACAGAAAAAAGAAUGAUGGAGUUAAUACCAAAGAAAUCCAGAGCGUAUGUGACGCAGUUCUUGAAAUCGAUGAAGGCAGCAACAGAAGAAGUUCAGGAAUGCAUUUACGGAAGAACUGUCAAAUAUUUACUGUUCGACUUCCCCUACAUGGAAAAGUAUCCUGACAAGAUUGCAAACUGCAAAUAUCAAAUUCAAGUUCUAGGUGACCAAUGUAACAAAUUUGUUUUCGAAUUGAGAGAUGAUAUCAAGAAGUUUUUCUCCAUCAAAUUACAAACCAUGGAUGAUCGAUUACCGGAACAUUCUAUUCAUGCUCUUUGGGACGUAGCAAUUAAGUAUGUCGUAGAUUUACUGGUAGAGGGUUUCGCAAGAGUCAAGAAGUGUAAUAAUGAAGGCAGAGUAUUAAUGCAAUUAGAUUUGCAAACAUUGACGACCGAAUUACAGAAAAUGGUGCCUGCAUCUUUGAUUGAAGAAAACAAGGGUUAUGUUCCUCAUGUAGCUGUUGCUCGAAGCUACAUCUCAGCGUAUUAUGAACAAAGCGAAUCAGAUCUGUUGGAAUGGGUCAAGAAAAAUGUCCACAACUUUACAAUUAAGCAAUUGGUAGCGAUUGCUAACAAUGGCAUUGGUGUCAACAUGAAAAAGAAUGAUCUCAAACAAUUGACUUCACAAAUAGAACAACUUGCCACAUCACUGAAAAUGCAGAAGGAGCAUAAUGAACUUAUUGAAAAUUCAAGCGAUGAGAGUUUAAUGAAUAAUUUCUCGAAUGGAACUGGAACGAGUGAUCCAGUUACAUCUAUUGGAAGCGCAAUUCCUGCCAUUCAUAAGGAGGAACAAAGUACAAUAUCCAUGAUCAGAUCCGGAUCAUUUGCAUCCACAAAAGAACUUCUUUCGUCUCUCACUAGAAGCACCAGCUCUACCACCAUUUCCAAAGACUCAACAGCAUCCAGAACCAGUACUGAUACUUUACACAAUCCAAUUAACAUUUCCUUAACAAACUCUCCUUCCACAUCCAGAACAAGCAUUGAUGCUGCUUCACGUCCAAGUUUGGACAAGCCAAAGGACACCCUCGCUUCAACAACUGAUAAGAUGAAAACUUUUUUUCAAGGUGGUAUGAACUACUUGAAACGAAAUCCAACAAACACUCCCCCAAAUAAUAAAUAA